AUGCCCCCGUCCAAGGCGCAUCAUCUGCCUGCCGGUCUCGCCGCCAGCCUCUCCUCACAUCAGCCCCACCAGUCGGUCCCGCCGGGUCCCGGCUCCGAGUCCGUGCCUGUGUCUCUGUCUGUCUCCGUGUCCGCUUGCGGCUCGGGCACCCUCAGCCCGGGUCUGUUGGCCUGUCAGACGCCUCGCGGAGCCACCGGCCUCCUCCAGUUGCCACAGAACCCCGCCGACGGCGACCCAGCAACCGCGGCAGCCGCACUCGCGUCGGCCGCCGAUGUCGUCGGUCGCCUUGGCCUCAGUCUCGGUCUCGGCCCAGCCAGACUGCCUGUCCCAUUGGCUGGGUUGUCCGGUUGCCCGGGGCAACCGACGAGCACAACGAUUGUCGUGUCGCCGGGUUGUCUCGACGGUCAGGCUGUGUCGCCUAGUCCGUUUCCGAUGGCGGCCGGAAACUCCAUCGUCGCCGGUCUACCCGGACGCCUGCACACGCAUUCGCACCACGUUCAUCCGCUCGUCCAUGGGCUGUCGCACACACCACACAUGCUGCAGCAUCACACGACACCACCGCCGUUUCAGCACCUCUCGCUGCCACCAUCAUCAGCCCCGCCAGCACCACCAGCACCAACAACAUCCGGCCUGCCUGGCUUUCUCGCCAUGACGACGGGAGCGGACUCGCAGUCCAGUCCUGCAGGACUUGCCAGCCCCAUGUUGACUGGCGCCUGUGACCUCGGCCUCAUGGGCCUCGGACUCACAGGCGUC